AUGGACGUUGACGGCGAGGGGAAGGCAUCGCGGGGGAGGUACUUGGCGCGCUCCCCCGCGCGCGCGCCGUCCAUGGCUGGCGCGCGAUCAGGUCCCGCGGAUCUAUCGACGAAUGCGGUUCCGGGUCGCAGUGCAAGAGAAGGCGCAGGCUCGAGGGGGCUGCAGUAUGCGACGGAGAAGGAGCAUGAAGAUGAGGAGGAGGAGGACGAGGAGGAGGUGGAAGACGACGAGGGGGAAGACGACGAGGCUCAAGGGGAUGAGGGGGAGGGGGAGGGGGAGGAGGACGAUGAUGAGGACAUGGUUGAGGGGGAGGCGGAUGGGGGGGACGAGGAUGAAGAUGGGGGAGGUGACGAAGGUGAAGGCGAGGAGGGGGGUGAUGGAGAGGAGGAGGAGGAGGUGGAGGGGGAGGAGGUAGAGGAGGAAGAGGAGGAGGAGAGGGAGGAGGAUGGUGCGGGGGAACGUAAAGGCGAGCGUGUGGGCGGAGGUGACGACGAGCAAGGAAUCGAAGACGAAGCAGACGGCGAGGAGGAAGUCGAAGAGCCCGAGGAGGAGGAGAUCGAGGAGGAAGUGGAGGAGGAAGAAGACGAAGAAGAUGAGAUGCAAGAGGACGUGGAUGAGGAGGGGGACGAGGGUGCGGCGGGCGCGGGUCGCGCGGGGAGCGAGGGCGGGGCGGACGAGCAGGCAUCUGACGACAUAGACGAGGACGAAGACGUAGACGGAAAUCAAGACGGAGACGAUGACGACGAGGAAGGCGGGCGCGUGCGGGAGCGCGCGCAAGGCGCCCGUCCGCGGGCGCAAGCGCACCCCGCGCACGGGAAGAAGCUGCUGGUGGCGGGCGUGGCGCGGCGCGGCAACAAGCUUGUGAUCUCGCGGCCGGGCAUUACCAGAGAGGCGGACCGGCGGGAAGGGGACGCGCAAGGGGCUGCGAUGUCGGUCAAAGGGAGCGGGAGCGGGAGGUUUGGGGAGUAUGGUAGCGGGGAAGAGUCGGGGGACGGGUCGAGCGGAGACGAGGUGGCGGAAGAGGUGGCGGAAGGGUUGGCGGAAGAGGAGGACGAGACGGAUCUGGGCGGCGGAUUGGGUGCCGUUGGUGCUGGGCGCGCGGUUGGUGGCAGGGGGGUCGAACAGGCGGGUGAACUUGAUGGAGAGGAGGAAGAGGAGGAGGAGGAGGAGGAGGAGGAAGAGGAGGAGGAAGAGGAAGAAGAGGAGGAAGAGGAGGACGAAGAAGAGGAGGAACCAGAGGGGGAAGGGGUUGCGGACGGAGAGGGAGAAGCAUUUGAAAACGCGAAGCUUUUGUCUCAGGUGUUAGCAGGCGACGAUGUGGAUGUUGGGGUUGAGGAGGAUGAGGAAGGGGGCGUAGGUGAGAGCGACGAGUCGGACGACGGGGAACAGGCGCAAGGAGACGGCGAGGCGGAGGAGAUAGAUGCAGAACAAGAGGAGGGAGACGGAGAAGGGGAGCAGGAGGAAGAGGAAGAGGAGGAUGAGGAUGAGGAGGAGAAGGAGGAGGAGGAGGCAGGGGAGGGGGAGGAGGAGAAAGGGGUGGAGGAGGGCGAUGAGGAGGAGGAGGUGCAGGAGGGCGUGCCAUCGCCGUUGAAGGCGGCAGAGCUGGAGCACAUGCCCCUCAAGGAGUUACGGCAACUGUACACGUCCCGGCUGGGCGAAGUGACCACGAGCAACAACAGCACAUGGCUAAGAAGGAAGCUGCUCGGCAUGUGCGCAACAGUGCGGUCCAAGGGAACCUCGCCAACCAAGCCCGCCAAGGCAGCGUCCCCCCCCGCAGCCCCAUCGCCACAGCUGUCAUCGCGCGCACACAGCAAGCGGUCGUCUCUUCCACCAAAGAAGUUCCGCUCAGAUGUCAUCAUGCUGCCGCUCUCCCAGUCGCCCACUGCCUCGCCCUCCCCCGCCGCGCACCGCAAACUGCUGCUCCUCCCGCCCCGCCCUCCCGCUUCUAAUGACGGGGCCGGUGCUUUGGCUGCCGAGCCUGGGCAGCAGGGUCGGCAGCUUCCGUCCGCACCGCAGGGGUCGAAGCGGAGGCGCGGGGCAGGGGAUGCUUGUGUGGGCGAAGCUGCAGGCAGGACUGCCGUGGUGGCCCGGCCUGGUCCGCAAAUGGUGCUUGUGGGGGAAAAGGGCGAAGGGUGCGAUGGUGAUGGUGGUAGCUCGGAGGAGGAUGAGGUGGAGGAGAAGAGUGAAGGCAAUAAGAAGAAGGAUGGUGAGAUGGCGAAAGUGAAGGAAGAGCAGAUUGGCAUAGAGGGGGCAGCGGCGGCAGGAGAAAGAGGCAUCGCAACGUUACAGGGGCGCAUUGGCAAGAGGGCCACCAUCGCGAGCGUGCUUGUCCUUCCCUUUGCUCCGGUUCGCACUCAGCUAGUGCGCCAGCGCAUGCCAAGUGUGCACAGCCUGCGCUCUCUCUUCCGCGCAGCCCUCGCAUGGGCGGACGCGCACGCACAGCAGCACCCCGACGCAGACGGAUCGAGCCUGGCAGCGCUGGUGGGAGUGCCAGAGCCGGUGCGCAGGAGUGGCGGUGCGAGGCUGGGGGAGGAGGAGGUGCUGGUGCCGGUGAAAGGGGCGCAUGGGGCAACGUGGAGGGCGAGGAGGCGCGAUGGGAAAGGGAAUUAUUCCGAAUGUUUUAAGUGCAAUGCACCGCUCCACGCCGCAUCACCGUCUGCAACCAGGCCGUCUACUGCUGCUGUUGGCGAUGGCUCUGCCUUACACUGUGUGUCGUGCCCUCGUGUGUACCACACUGGCUGUGCUGAUGCGCCCAAGGAGAAGCAAAGGCACGAGUGGCAGUGCAACGCGUGUAGGGCAGCAGCAGCAGAGAGGCAAGCACGGGCCGACUCACGAGCUGCUGCUGCUGCUAAGGGUGACAUGGAACGGCUCGACUUGGAAGUUUCAAGGGAUAGGACGGGGAAGAAGGGGGCUGUAGGUGGGGGGAAGGUGGCUGGUGCAGGGCAGAAGGUAUCAGGGGGAGGCAGGAUGGCAGCGGUGGAGGGUGGGCGGAUGGAGAGGCGGAUUGAGAGCUUGGUGGGGCCCCUGGCGGAUGGGGGAAAGGGCCUGGAUGAUGCGGCGGAGGAUGAGGAGGCGUCGUGGGUGUGUGCGGUGUGUGGCGAUGCCGGGUACCUUCUCUGCUGCGACCUCUGCCCGCGCCUCUACCAUCUCUUCUGCCUCACCCCGCCCCUCAAGAAAGCACCAAAGGGGUCGUGGAUCUGUCCAGUGUGUACUGAGGCCUCUACUCUCGAGAUUGAGCGCAUACUUGGGUGCAGGAUUCGGGGCAAGAAGGAGCCUGGCGCUGUCAAGAAGGCGGGGGAGGUGGAGGAAAGCGACGAGGAGGGCAAGGGAGGGGGGCAAGGGGAGAAAAGGCGCUCUCUUACUGGUGCUGGGGAGGAUGUAGAAGGGGCGACGAGCAUGGAGGAGCAGGAAGAGGAGGAGGUGGAUGUGGUGACGGUUGGUGAUGCUGAUGGCGAUGCUGGUGCUGGUGUUGAUGGGCAUUCGGUGGAGAUUGCACGGCUGAGAGCUAAAGCAGCAGCCAGUGGGAGUGGUGGGACGGGUGGAGACGCCACUGCUGGGCCUGAUGCGGAUUCGGCAGGGGGAAAUCUGAAAAAAGCAGGGAAAGAGGAGGGGGGGAAGGAGGAUGGAGGAGCAGCAGGUGAUGGGGGGGAUGGGACGAGUGCACGGACGAGAGGCGAUGCGGGGAGGGAGUUGAAGGGAGAGACGCGGGUGAGAAUGGGUCGUGUUGGGGGCAGUGGUGCUCGUGCCAUGUGGAUGGAUGGCCGUGGGGAGGGUAAGGGGAAGGAUGAGAGGGAGAACGGGAAGGAGAAGGCGGACGAGGAGGAGGAGAAGGGUGAGAGGGACAAGAGUGCUGAGAAAGAAAGUGCGGAUGCUGGUGGGAAAGGAGGCAAGUCGGGGAGUGGGGCCAAGGAGGGAGAGGAGGGGGAGAAAAGGGAAAAGGAUACAGAUGGCAAAGAGAAGGCAAAGGAUGAGAAGGGAAGCAAGGAGUUGGCUAAGGCAGGGGAGACAAGCAGCAAGGAGGGCGAGAAAGCUUCUGGGAAAAGCAAAGACGGGGACCAGAAGCAGCAGAAGAGCAGUGAGAUGGCAAAGGGGAAGGAGGAGAAGGGGGAGACAGAGGACGAUGAGGAGGAAGAGGAGGAGGAGGAGGCAGUGGUGGAGUAUCUAGUGAAGUGGGCGGGGAAGGCACACGUGCACAACACGUGGCUUUCGGAGGAGCAGGUAGCAGCGCUGAACCAGCGCAAGCUGGACAACUACCGGCAGCGCCACGGGCGCGUGCCUCUGUCCCUCAUGGAAGAGCAGUGGAACCACCCCCACCGCAUCAUCGCCCACCGCUUCCUCUCCCGCCCCCGCCUGCCGGCUAAAGCCAAAGGCGCGGGGCGCGCAGGGGCGAGUGCGGCACGCGGAGGGAAAGCAGCAGCAGCAGCAGCAGCAGAGGCAGCAGCGGGAGGUGCUGGUGAAGUGGUGCGGGCUGCCGUACGACGCAUGCACGUGGGAGGACGUGAACAGCCCUGCAAUCGUCUCCAACCCCAAGCCGUCCCCGACCUGAAGGAACAACCGAGUAACCUGGCAGGGAAGCUGUUUCCACAUCAGCUGGAGGCGAUCAACUGGCUUAGACGCUCCUGGGCGCGGCGGCGGAAUGUGAUUCUGGCGGACGAAAUGGGGCUGGGGAAGACGAUAUCGGCCGCGUCGUAUCUGUCGUGUGUGAAGACAGAGCUCAAGGUGCCCGGGCCGUGCCUGGUGCUGGUACCGCUCUCCACCAUGCCCAACUGGUCUGCAGAGUUUGCCAUGUGGGCGCCGCACCUGAACCUCGUGGAGUAUCACGGCAGCGCCAAGGCACGUGGCGUUAUCCGCGAUUUCGAGUUCUUCGCUUCCGGGGAUGCUGGCGGGGAGAAGUCGCGGGGAGGCGGGGCCGGGAACCGGCGGUACCGGUUCCACGUGAUGCUGACGACGUUUGAGAUGGUUCUGGCCGAUACAUCGGUGCUGCGCGCGAUCCCAUGGGAAGUGCUGGUGGUGGACGAAGGGCAUAGACUGAAGAACAACGAGAGCAAGCUGUUCACGCUGCUCAACACGUUCUCGUUCAACCACCGCGUGCUGCUGACAGGCACGCCGCUGCAGAACAACGUCGGGGAGAUGUACAACCUCCUCUCCUUCCUGCACCCGUCGGACUUCCCGUCGCUGUCGGCGUUCAAGGAGCGGUUUGCGGCGAUGGACGCGGUGGGGCAGGUGGCGGAGGUGCAGCGCAUGGUGGCGCCGCACAUGCUGAGACGGCUCAAGCGCGAGACCAUGAAGCACAUCCCGCCCAAGGAGGAGCGCGUCGUGCCCGUGGAGCUGUCCGUUGUGCAGGCGGAGUACUACCGGGCGCUGCUGACCAAGAACUACCAGGUGCUGCGCACGGGCAAGGGCGGCCACCAGUCCAUGCUCAACAUCGUCAUGCAGCUGCGCAAGGUGUGCAACCACCCGUACCUGAUCCCAGGAACAGAGCCAGUAGCUGGCAGCAUGGAAUCCCUACAGGCAGCGCGCGUGGCAGCAUCGGGCAAGCUACAACUACUAGACCGCAUGCUGGAGCGCCUCAGAGCGGCCGGGCACCGCGUGCUCAUCUUCUCGCAGAUGACUCGCCUGCUGGAUAUUCUCGAGGAGUAUCUUGCGGUGAAGUUUGGCCCCAGGACGUAUGAGCGCGUGGAUGGGAGCGUGGGCGUGGCGGAGCGGCAGGUGGCCAUUGCAAGGUUUAAUAAGGACAUGUCGCGGUUUGUGUUUCUGCUGUCAACGCGUGCAUGUGGGCUGGGCAUCAACCUGGCGACGGCAGACACAGUCAUCAUAUACGACUCUGACUUCAACCCCCAUGCUGACAUCCAGGCCAUGAACCGAGCGCACCGCAUAGGGCAGUCGAAGCGGCUGCUGGUGUACCGUCUGGUAGUUCGCGCGAGCGUAGAAGAACGAAUCUUACAGCUCGCCAAGCGCAAACUCCUCCUGGACCACCUCCUCUCCGCCUCCAACCCCGGUGGCGCCGCCGGUGGCGGUGCUGCUGGUGGCGGCUCGAGCAAGUCGGGGAAUGCGGGGAGUGUGAAGGAGCUGCAGGAUAUUCUGCGAUGGGGCGCUGAUGAGUUGUUUGAGGCUGAUGCUAAGGGAGGAGGGGACGGGGUAACCGACGCCAGUGCGGCUGCAGCAGAGGCAGUGGCGGCGGUAGGCGGGGGGACGUUUGAUAUGGGAGAGCACAAGAAGGGGCGCAAGGACCGGAGCAGUUUGGGGAACGUGUAUGGUGACACGUGUCAUGAAGGGGGGCGGCGCAAGCUGCAGUGGGACGACUCGGCCAUCACUAGGCUGCUGUGCCGGUCGGUGGCCGAGGGGGCGCAUGGGGAGGAGGAGGCCGGGGAGCCACUGCUGGGGUCCAUCAAGGAGGAGCAUGAGGAGGAGGAGGAGCCAGCAAGGGAGCUAUCAGCAGCUGGGAAGGCACAUAGAGAAAAAUGGCAAGUGCUCCAUACACCUUUCGUUCGUGCUCCUCCGCUCGUGCUUCUCUCCUCUCUUCCGUCUGUUACACCAUCGCCAUCAGCAUCUGACUGCUUAUUGCUUGCUGCAACUCCCUUACUCGCAACUCUCAUCUCUCUGCUACCAUUUCUUGACUCUCUCAAGCUACCCUCUCAUACUCCUCCCUCCUCUCCUUCCCUCCCCUCACCGCACCAACUGUCGCCCUCACACACCAGGCUAAAGCUGAGGCAGCGCCAGAAGGACCGCAAGCCCGGCACAGCCAUCACAGGAGGAGCAGCAGCAGCUGGGCAAUGGCGUGCCGGGGGGACGACUGGGGCAGGGAAUGGCACAGGGCAGGGGGGAGCAGGGGCCAUGGCGCAUGCAGGCAUGGGAAGAGCCGGGGAGAAGACCGAGCCUCGGCCAUUCAGUCCGAACCAGCAUCUUGGGCUCGGGAAGUCAAGCAUGGGUGGAGGAGGCAAGCCCUCAGGCGCCCACACCACAGACGCCACUCACAUGGCAAGAUCAGCCGGUGCUGCUGCUGGUGCACCCGGGACCAUGGGCAGCAGCACAGCAGCAGGCAUGGCAAGUGCGUCCUCCCCUCAGCAGCAGUCCACUGGCAAGGCGCCUCUCCUCUUCCUCCCCAACUUCCCCAGCUUCCCCUACCCCCACCUCCCGCCCUUCUCCCGCACGCCUGGGCAGCAGUCCACGUCUGUGCCGCCGCCUCCCCUGCCGUCCUUUGCGCACAUGCCCACGCAUGAUCAAUCCGGGGUUAUGGGCGGUGUGGGUCCCGGUGGGAAGGGGGCAGCGGCAGAUGCGGAUAUGCGUGCCGCGAAUGGGUUGGGUAAGGCGAGUGCGGAGGAGAGGGACCAGAGGGAACAGCGAGAAGGGGGAGGUGUAACACGUGAUGCAGGUGCUGCUGGGAGGUCAGGUGCAGGGAAGGACGUGAGGCGAGGUGGGGAGGAGCGAAGCGCACAGGCGAAGGGAGGGUACCGGGACUGGCUUGUGGAAGGGACGGAAGCCGCAGCUGCUGCUGCUGCAGCAGGGGAAGCACGGGAUAAGGAGAGACGAGCUAGCGCUGCUGGUGGGGUUGCUGGUGCUGGCGGCGAGAAGGCAGCGCUGGGGAAGGAAGUGGAGCGAGGGAGCAGGGCAGCAGGUGCAGGACGGCCGUGGGGCGAGGAGGAGCUGGAUGCUCUGUGGAUUGGUGUGAGGCGGUAUGGGCGAGGGCAAUGGAAAGCUAUUUUGAAAGAUAGAAGGUUGAAGAUGAGAGAGGGGCGGACAGAGGAGGAGGUAGAGGAGAGGUGGGCGGAAGAGGAGAGGAGGGUUCUGGGGUGGACUGUGGGCGACCAGGAAAGGAGGGAGGAGAGGGAGAGAGAGAAGAAGCAAGAUGAGAAAGAGAUGGAGGUUGGGGAAGAGGAUGCAGAUGAUGUGAUCAUGCUGGGCGCUGAUGAGGUGCAGAGGGAGAGGAGCAGGCGAGGGGAGGGCGUGCCUGGUAAGGGGCGAGAUUUGCAGAGGAGGGAUGGUAAAAGGAAGGUGCGUGAGAUGGAGGUGGAGGGGGCGAAGGGAAGGGAGAGUGGGGAGGGUGAGAGUGAGCGUAUGAUGGGAAAGAGGGCACGGGGAGAGGGGCAGGGAGAAGGGAGAGGGGUGAGGUCAAAUGAGGAAAUGGCAAUGGGUGAAGAGGGGUAUGAGAAAGAAAAGGGUGGAGAGAGGAGGAAGGAGAGAGUUGUGGGAUCAGCAGAAGGUGCAGAGAAACCAGAGCAUCCUGGGUUUGGGAAUGCAAGAGAGCAAGUUGCAAGUGAGCAAGGUGCACAUGGAGAGAGUACUGCUGGUGCUGGCACUGGCGCCAUUGUUCCUUACAGCGACAGCAGGGAAGGCAGGGAGAGGGAGAGUGGGCUAACAAGCAAGGAGAGGGUUGAAGGAGCGGACAGGCGGGGUGGAGUGGACCGAGCCACUACCAUGCCGCCUGGUUACUCCUUCCUCCCGCCUCCCCGCCGCUCCUCUGCCCCUGCGCGCCCCAUCGCUUCUUCCCAGCUCACCGCUAUUUCUGUGGCAUCCAAGCAUCUCGCUGCUGAGUCCACGCCAGUGCUGCCGAGAGCUGCUUAUGUGGCGCCGCUUGAUUGGACGCCGCGGCCGUUGCCGAGGAUCCGCAAGAUGAAGAAGUUCUGGAAGCUUCAGAGGAGCCGCGCUGCUGCUGGGGCUGCAGCAGUUGUGGGUUCAGAUCCGUCCGAUACGCGGUUCACCAUGGCGGGUGCAGAUCCAGUGGUGCCGGAAAAGAUGUCGGCCUGGCAAUACUCGAAGCGCGGCGGCGGCGCAGAGGCUUUGCAUCUGAACGAGAACGCACCAGUGCCGAAGCCUGGCAAGGGCGAGGUGCUGGUGAAGGUGAGCGCGGCGAGCAUCAACCCCGUGGACUGGAAGAUGCAAAACGGUUACAUCCCCUUCCUGCCGCUGCGCUACCCGGCCACUCCUGGUUUGGAUCUGGCAGGUGAUGUGGUGGGCGUAGGGCCAGGGGUCACCAAGUUCAAAGUGGGCGACAGUGUCUUUGGCUCAACGUUGUUCUACAAACUGGGUGCGCUGGCACAAUAUGCUGUGCUGCCAGAAUCAGGUAGCGCUCCCAGGCCCGCCACCAUUUCCCCUGAAGUCGCAGCCGCCCUCCCGAUUGCGGGCCGCACAGCCCUUCAAGCCCUGCGUGAUUCCGCCGGCUUGCCUCUGCCCGCCACUCCUGCUGAUGACAUCAAGGGCGGCUACAGCGGGCGUGUGCUGGUGGCGAACGCGUCCGGAGGCGUGGGGCAUCUGGCAGUGCAGCUGGCCAAGCUGGCAGGAGCACAUGUGACAGCCACCGUGGGAGGGCGCAACUUUGAGUUUGCGAAAAAGUUGGGAGCGGAUGAGGUCCUGGAUUACAAGACGGAGGCUGGGCAGCGCCUGUCUGCCUCCGCUGCUACCCCGCUGCCGCCGUCUGAGCUGUACAACGCCGUGGUUGAUGGCACUAGCGGCCUGGCUGUUGCCACUGUGGACCGGGUGCUUCGUCCUGACGGGAAGUGGUUGCACCUCACGCCGCCACCUUCGGUUAUGGCCCUGGGGUUAUGGCGCUCCAUUGCUUUUCGCCCCAAGAAGCCCCGGGCGGAGGAAGGCGAUGCUAACUCUGAAACCGAAGGGAAGAAGAGGCAGAGCAGCAGAGCUUCCGGGAAGAAGCCUGAUGUUGGAACGGCGGCGCGGGGGACCUCGGGCAUUGGACAGCAAGGACAGCAAGUGCGGAAAAUGAACGCGGAGGCAAAGAAUGCGCCAGUGUUUGCGCAGCUAGCGUCAGCUGCGAUUUCUACCGCGGAAGCGGAACUAGCAGCAGGAAGACAAGCCGGGGGUAGCAGCAGUGGUGAUGGCGCUGGACUUGCUGCUGCUGUUGCUGCUGCUGGUAGAGCCGAUGUGGGGCGGGAGGACGAGGCUAACGAGGAGUUUGCAGAUGCACCCUCUAGGCAGGACUCGGGAGAAGACGAGCUGCAGAGCGCCAGAGAAGAUUCAAGCUCGCAGGCAGCAAGUGGAGCGGAUAUAGAACCCUGUGUGCCUGACUGCCACGUGGCCACCAUGGCCAGUGGCCCUGGUCAAGGGUCUGGUGUACUGCAGAUUCGGCCUGCUCGUGACGUUCCCCCCACGACAGUAGCAUUGGCGGCAGAAGCAAGGGGGCGGCAGUGGACUGCGAGCAGUGUGGAUGUGGAAGGACGAGCAGCGGAAGGGGUUGAAGCGGAGGGGGCGAGGCGAGAAGGGGUGCCAGCUGGGUCAGAGGCGUACAGUGGGGACGAGAUGAGAUCGGACGGCGCUGAGGGGGCCGUGGAAAGGAAUGCCAGUGGCAGGAGAUUUGUAUCUGGAACUGCAGAGAAGGGCAUUGCGGCUGGCACUGCAGGCCAGGCUCGUAAUGAGAAAGGCACAGAGGGAAGGAAGGGCAGUCAGCGCAAGCCAAGGCCAGGAGCUGGUGGCACAGCAGUAACAGCAGCAGCGGCAGCAGCAGGGAAGGCAGGGAAGGGCGAGCGAGCAUGGUGGGGGGCGGCCCCUCCUCCUGAGUUUGUGGAUGCAGACAGCCAUUCUGAUGACGACUUCCAGUCUGCACGUGCUGACACCCUGUCCCAGGCGAGUUCGAUGACAGCAGCUAGCCUGUGCCAGAGGGGUGCACAGGCAGGCAUGAUGCUGCCAGCGCAGGCAGGCAGGGCGCUGGUAGGCAAGCUACAGGAGGGCGCAGGAGCGUUGCUCACCAUCCACCACUGUGACGCGCGCACUCAGCAGCACCCCGCUACCCCCGUGAUUACCCCAGAAGCAGAUGCGGGUGGUAUGAGCGUCCGCCCCUCAUCCCCCCGUCGCUCCAAGGGGCUGUCUUCUGUGUUCUCAGCUGCGCGCAAGGUGCUCUCCCCUCGUGGAAGUCGCGUGUCAGCAUCCUUCUCCUCCUCCUCCAAAGCAGCAGGCAGCAAGCAAUGCGUGCCCUCUUUGAGUCUCCCUCUGCACAACCAUCCCCUCGACUUCACCUGCACAACGAUUCAACUACUGCUGCUGAUCCCGCGUCUUCCUCCCGUCGCCCCUUGUCCUCUCCUAGCUCUCCCGCCGUUACCCUGCACUCAUCCUCGUUCCGUUCCUCAUCCCCUCACACCUCGUUUCGCCACUCCCCCUUCUCCUCUCGAACGCGUGCUCGGGCAAAGCAGACACACCGCCCCUUCUCCCCUGGUUCGGCCGCACCUCGGCGGCUCUCCGAUGCAUCAGAGCCCGCCUCCUGCCAGGACCCCUAGGCAGCAUAUGACAGACGCGGAGGAGGAGGAGGAUGAGGAGGAGGAGGAAGGAGAUGAAGAGGAGGACUUUGGGGCGUUCAGAGGGGUGUACUGGGAGAGAGAUGGGGAGCGGCGGCAGGAGCAGCCAGCACGAGUGAGCGCGCCAAUGCGCGUGGAUGCAGAGACUGCGGUUGCCAAGAUGCUACUAGCCCCCCGCAAGGUCCUUCACAUGCCCGAGCCAGGGUCCCAGCUACCACACCACGUGUCGCUCUCCCGCCCUCCCCGCCGCCGCUCCUCCCCACUCGUCAUCUCCCCUGACUCCUCUCCUGACCGUGCCUCCUGCACCUCGCCUCCCCUCUCCGCUCCACCACCCCCCCACUGCUGGAUGACCAUCAGCCCGGCCUGCCUGCCUGUGCGCGGAACAAGCUACUUCAGCACGGGUGGGAAGCAGGCGGGGCACCACAUGACGCCAUACACAGUCACAGCAGUUGACGUAUUCCACACGCCCCACAAGCUCACCCAUAUCGCACGCCUCCUGGACCUCCCCUCUGCCACCGCCGCCGCCACCGCCACUGCGCUGUCCUCAGCUGCCUCUUCGCCCCGCCCUGCACCCUCCGGUGCUGCUGCUGCGGCUGCCACAGGCUUGGCUUCUCGCGAUGCCGCUGCUCUUGCUGCUGCGCUGCCGCGCCUGUUGCUGAUUCACGUGCAGGUGCCCAUCCACACGCCCCGGUCGCACAUCCCGCUGCUGUCAUCUGACGCACAUGCCUCGGAAGGGUUCAGCCUCGUGCUCUAUGCGCACCUCUGCCCCGCCUUCUUCUCAUCCGCGCCCCCCCACAUGCUGUCGCUGCUCAGGGGGCUCAAGGGCGGGGUGGAGACAAUGAAGGAGGAGGAGGUGGCGCGCGUCUCAGCCAUGCUGUCAGGCGCUGCUGCGUUUGUCCCCUUUAAAGAGCGCCUCAAGCUCAUGGUUGUGCGCAGAGAUGGGACGAAAGACUCCACCCGGACAGUCCUCGCACGGGAGGAAGGGAAUGGGGAUGCGAGGAGGGAGAGGGCAGGAGAAAGGGGGGUUGGAGGGAUGAGGGGUGAGGCUGGAGGGUUGCAUGGAGAGGAGGGAGAGGAGGACGAGGACGAGGACGAGGAGGAGGAGGAGAGAGGGGCGAGUGAUGAGGAAGGGAUUUCAGAGGAGGAGGAUGCUGAGGUGGAGGCAGAAGUUGGGAGGAGCUGUGUGCGCAGGAGGAAGGGGGGAGUGAGAAGGAGAAUAUCAAGAACGGUGGGGAGAGUGAUGGGAGUUAGGGACAAAUCAGCAGGUGCAGGGAAGGGGCGGAGAGAGGAGUGGGGAAAAGAGGAGAGUGCUGCAAUCCUAACACACCCAUACCAGAUGUUCUUCCGGGGUCCUGAUUACUUGGAGAUAGACAUAGACCUGCACCAGCUGCCACAAUCGUCCCGCAAGGCCCUGCUGCCUUUCCUCUGCUCGCUCCCGGACUCUUCUCUCGACCUUGCGCUCAUUGCCCAGGGAAACAACCAGAAUGAGGUGCCUGAGCCGGUGAUUGCAUUGCUCGCUACAAGCCUCAGAAUGGGUCUUCGUGGCCCCACGACAUACGAUGCGGAGCCCUCGCGGCGUCCCGACAUGAUCGUGAACUUCCAGGCGCCGUACAAUGCGGAGACUCCACCGGCGCUGCUGGGAACGGCGUUCAUCACGGGCGUCGACGCGUUCUACGUGCGCAGCCACGGGCCCACGCCCGUGCUGGACGAUGCUGACAGCUAUCGCUUGCAAGUGGGCGGUCUCGUGCCCAAGCCGCUUUCUCUCUCCCUCCAAGACAUCAAGUCCUUGCCAGCGGAAACCAUCGUUGCCACCAUGAUGUGUGCGGGCAACAGGCGUACGGAGAUGAGCACUAGGCGCAAGGUCAAGGGUGUGGGGUGGUCCCAGGCUGCUAUUGGGAACGCCACGUGGACGGGGGUGCGUCUGUCGCACGUGCUGCAGCUGGCGGGGGUGGCCCCUCGCUCCACGCGCACCUCAGCAGGCGGCAGGCACGUGGAGUUCACCAGCGUUGACGUCUGCCCCGAGGAGAAGGGAGGCCCCUACAAGGCGUCACUGCCGCUGCUCCACGCCUCCUCGCCUGAGCAGGAUGUGCUCAUUGCGUACCAGAUGAACGGACAGGACUUGACUCCAGACCACGGCUUUCCUCUGCGCAUCGUUGCUCCCGGGGUCAUCGGGGCGCGUUCGGUGAAGUGGCUGGAUCGCAUUGACGUGCUGUCGCACGAGUCGCAGGGCUUCUUCAUGCAGCGCGACUACAAGAUGUUCCCCCCCAGCAUUGACUGGCACAACAUCGAGUGGAACACCCGUCGCCCCAUCAUGGACUUCCCUAUCCAGUCCGCCAUAACUGAGCCUGCAGUGGGCGAGGAAGUGCAGCCAGGCCCUAUCACGAUCCGGGGGUACGCAGCAGUGGGCGGCGGGCGCGGCAUUGAGCGGGUGGAGGUGUCAACUGAUGGAGGUGCCACCUGGCAGGAGGCCACUCGCCUGCCGCACACCGUCGACAACCCCGCAGAGCUUGGUCUCCUGCAAGGCCCGGCAGCAGCAGGAGAGGGAGGCGGCGUGUAUGUGGCAGAUGCGGAUGAGGAGGGCGAGGGGCGGUUCAAGUGGGCGUGGGUGCUGUGGCAGCUUAAUGCCACUGUCACUCCGCCAUGCCAGAUUGUUGCUCGUGCGGUGGAUUCAUCGUCCAACACACAGCCGGAGGAUGUGGAUAGCAUCUGGAACCUGAGGGGUGUGCUCAACAACUCGUGGCACCGUGUGGACCUCAAGGCUGCUGCUGACAAUGCUACCGACAGUGCUGCUGCUGCUAAACUUUAA